AUGGCUCAGCAGAUAUACAAUGAGUAUGCGGACUCGGCUUGCCUCCCAUCUUUUUUGAAAGACUUGAAUCAAGUACCGUCAACCUCUAAGGACUUUCAUCAAAGGCCUUUACCAACUUGCACUACUCAUGUUGGGCUCGAUAUAUUCCAACAAACGCAAACACCCGAGUUCUUUCGAGCCGUAGCAGAAGCUAUGGAGCUCCGACAGACCUAUCUACGUGACGGUUGUAUCUUCAUCAAAGGAGAAGAUUUGAUCCCCAUUCUACUGGGAAUUGGUGCCAAAGAAGAAGACUUCAACAAGCUCAGGAAAGUGAGCCAUUAUUUGGAUCCAGAUCCAACGGUGAACUAUCGGACGCUGAAAAGCGGAAGAUUCUCAGUGGAUAUGAGCGCUGGAACCAUCGAGAGACUCGAGAGACAGCCAUUUAUCUUGACCACUGUCGAAAACUACAAACGAAACGACUCCGACAUUCCUCGGGAUUUUGGAGACUUUGACGAAAAUCAUCAAGACAACACCGUCAUCCAGGCCAUGGUGGUUCUUAAAGCUUGGAUCACUCAAAACAUCCCCGUACUGCCUCGCCCUGGUCUAGACUACGAAAAAGACACGGUUCUCACGGAGAUCUUCAAUGUUCAUACCUUCACCGAUCAAGGAAUUCAGGGAUACCCGGCGCUUGAAGGUGUUCACCAGGACGGAUCCGAUCAUACUAUGACUGUGAUACUUGGAGCUUCCAAUAUUACCCCUGACUCCGGGAUUACCUUUGUUCAUGCUCGAGAUGAAAUAACGGGCGUUCAACACUCUGAAACGAGGAUGGAAUUGCUGAAAGGCCGAUAUCAACACCGGGACUUCCUCGAUACGUUGCUCUUCAAGGACAACAGCACCAAACACAGUGUUACCCCGGUUUAUGCACUGGACAAAAGCCAGCCUUCAUACAGAGACAUGUUUGUCAUAUUUUCGCGAAAGCCCAGGAGUGAAACCCAUUUGUCUGGACAACCAGACUCUUUGAAAGCACACGAGAAGUUCAAACUCAAGUUCCCAAUCUGGCUUCCGCCCCUGCCAGAGUCUCACACCAAUGCUCAGCCUCAUUCUGAGAGCCAAAGCCCAUUUUCAAAGAAAGAAGGGUUUUCUACGCUCAUGUCGCCUGAUAGUGAGGUGUUGUCUUCUCGGGCUGGAAAGAUCGGAGCACCUGUUCUUGUCGGUUCCUGA